AUCGGUGGGUGUUUUAAAAAAAAAAAAAUUACUUGAGAAGAUCAAGAUAGGUGUUUUGCUCUUUAUAUCGCCUAAGUGUUGUUCGUUUCUCGUUUUUUAUUGCGGAGGGGAGUGUACUUAAGUGAGCAAAGAGUGGAUUUUCCAGAUCUAAUAACGUCGUGGUCAUGAGAUUUCUGUGAGAAAGAAAAGCUCUUUUGUCGUUUUCCUCUUUUGUGAGAAAUCAGACAACUUGUCGGGAAGUUCUUGAGAUUUUCAAAAAUUAGAAGAAGAAGAAGAAGAAGAGUGAAAAUUUGGUGUGAGAGAGAGAAGAGUGAAGAAACCAAAAAUGGGUCAUUACGCAGCAGUUUGGGAUCAUAAAGCAGCGACUGAGAUAAUCAAAGAUUGGAACGGCAUUGACCAAGUCCUACUCAGAAACCCACAUGGAGCUUCUGCUAAGAUUAGUUUACAUGGAGGACAAGUGAUUUCGUGGAGGAAUGAGCUCGGCGAAGAGCUUCUUUUCACUAGCAACAAGGCUAUAUUCAAACCCCCAAAAUCAAUGCGUGGAGGGAUUCAGAUUUGUUAUCCACAGUUUGGGGAUUGUGGAUUACUGGAUCAACAUGGGUUUGCUAGGAACAAAAUCUGGGUAAUCGAUGAGAAUCCACCUCCUCUUUACUCAAACGAAUCCACUGGAAAAUCAUUUGUUGAUCUUCUUUUGAAACCAUCGGAAGAGGACUUAAAGCAAUGGCCUCACAGUUUCGAGUUCCGUCUUCGGGUUUCACUUGCCAUAGAUGGCGACUUAACUUUGGUUUCUCGGGUCAGAAACAUCAAUGGCAAGCCCUUUAGCUUCUCAUUCGCAUAUCACACUUAUCUCUCUGUCUCAGAUAUAAGUGAAGUCAGAAUUGAAGGGUUAGAGACAUUAGACUACUUGGAUAACCUUAGCAAAAGAGAGCUUUUGACAGAACAAGGCGACGCAAUAACCUUUGAAUCUGAGAUGGACCGGACUUACCUUAGAUCGCCCAAAGUGGUAGCAGUUCUUGACCAUGAAAGGAAAAGAACCUAUGUUAUCGGAAAAGAAGGACUUCCAGACACAGUGGUAUGGAAUCCAUGGGAGAAGAAAUCGAAAACAAUGGUUGAUUUUGGGGAUGAUGAGUACAAAAGCAUGCUUUGUGUGGAUGGUGCAGCAGUUGAGAGACCCAUCACAUUGAAGCCAGGAGAAGAAUGGACCGGCCGGCUUAUGUUAACCGCGGUCAAGUCCAGUUUCUGCAUCGAUCAACUUGAACUACAGAGCAAAGGAUUCUGAAUCUUUUAGAAUCACAUCAUCCUAAAGAAUAUUAUGCUUUAUUCCAUUGGCAGUUUUUUUCUACUGCAACAAUGGAAGAGCAGAAUCAUCGUUUUUUUCUUCUUUUUUUUUUUAUUGCAUGUUAAGCUGUUUGUUCUCAUUUUCUCAGUAGAGAAGCUUAUAGGCCGGUGAUUUCUUCAGACCGGUCUUGGUGAUGUAGUGACGAAAAAGAGCCUCUUGUUAUUUUUUUUUCUCGGCAACGGCUAAUGUAUGAAUA